UGUGUCCGUUUAACUUCUGAUACAUCCUGAUGACGCUGCGCUUGCAUUUUGCUCGUUUGCUCAGCGUUUCCUAGAACAGAAAUUGGAAACGCUGUCAUUAAGUUUGUCUCCUUCGGCUCUCCGUAGAUCACCGACAUAUUGUUUGUGAGGAGCAAAUUCUGGAAGACAAGGAGAGUGUUAAGAUUACAGCGUUAAUAUAACCAGAAUUCAAAGCGUAUAUCAGCAAAGAAAGCACGAUGGAGCCUUCAGGAAGUCCUGCAAAGGAUAAUUUCAGGAUGAACCGCUACAAGAACAAAGCACUCAACCUGGAGGAGAUGCGUCGGAGAAGGGAGGAGGAAGGCAUUCAGCUGAGGAAACAGAAACGAGAGCAACAGCUGUUUAAGAGAAGAAAUGUGGAGCUGCUGGGUGAAGAAGGGGGAAUGUUUGACAGUCCACUUACGGAUUCCUUCAUCUCCUCCACCACAGCACCAGAUGGAGUAAUUACAAGAGACAUGGUUGAAAUGCUCUUCUCAGAAGAUCCUGAACUACAACUGGUCAUAACACAGAGAUUCAGAAAACUGCUUUCCAAAGAACCAAACCCUCCUAUUGACGAGGUGAUAAGCACUCCGGGAGUUGUGAAUAGAUUCGUUGAGUUCCUUCAGAAAAGUACCAAUUGCACUUUACAGUUUGAAGCCGCUUGGGCACUGACCAACAUCGCAUCUGGAACAUCUCAGCAGACAAAGUUUGUGAUCGAGGCCGGAGCCGUACCUGUCUUUAUCGAGCUUCUCAACUCAGAGUUUGAAGACGUGCAGGAGCAGGCUGUUUGGGCUUUGGGGAACAUUGCGGGAGACAGCGCUGUGUGCAGAGAUUAUGUGCUAAACUGUAAUAUCCUUUCUCCUCUACUAAUGCUGCUGACGAAAUCAACUCGUCUCACAAUGACCAGGAAUGCUGUGUGGGCCUUGUCCAACCUCUGCAGAGGCAAAAGUCCACCCCCAGACUUUGAGAAGGUGUCUCCAUGCCUGCCUGUGCUGUCCCGUCUUUUGUUCAGCAGUGAUUCAGACCUGCUGGCUGAUGCCUGUUGGGCUUUGUCCUAUCUCUCUGAUGGGCCCAAUGAGAAGAUCCAAGCAGUCAUUGAUUCAGGGGUCUGCAGGAGGCUGGUGGAGCUGCUCAUGCAUACCGAUUACAAGGUGGCCUCUCCUGCUCUGAGGGCCGUUGGAAACAUUGUUACAGGAGAUGACAUUCAGACACAGGUGGUGUUGAACUGCUCAGCUCUCCCCUGCCUCCUGCACCUGCUCAGUAGCGCCAAGGAAUCCAUCAGGAAGGAGGCCUGCUGGACCAUCUCCAACAUCACAGCGGGAAACAGAGCGCAGAUUCAGGCUGUAAUAGAUGCAAACAUCUUCCCAGUCUUGAUAGAUAUCCUACAGAAAGCAGAAUUCCGCACCAGGAAGGAGGCGGCGUGGGCGAUCACUAAUGCCACGUCAGGUGGCACACCUGAGCAGAUCCGGUAUCUGGUGAAUUUGGGCUGCAUUAAACCUCUUUGUGAUCUUUUGACUGUGAUGGACUCCAAGAUCGUACAGGUGGCUUUGAAUGGUCUGGAGAACAUUCUCAGACUGGGCGAGCAGGAGGCCAAACAGAACGGCAGCGGCCUCAACCCUUACUGCAGUCUUAUUGAGGAAGCCUAUGGUUUGGACAAAAUCGAGUUCCUACAGAGUCAUGAAAAUCAGGAGAUCUACCAGAAAGCCUUUGACCUCAUCGAGCACUACUUUGGAGUUGAGGAUGAGGAUGCCAGUCUGGCACCACAGGUGGAUGAGAGCCAGCAGCAGUUUCUUUUCCCGCAGCAGGAGGCCCCCAUGGAGGGCUUCCAGCUAUAACCAGCCUUCAGACUCUUUCCGGCCGCCCCUUCCCUUUACACCCAUCCCUGCACCCCGUACCGGUACUAAAACACACGUCGGAAUAUAUCUGGGUGAACCAAAUUUCGACCCGUGACACUGACUGAUUUAUUUAUUCACUGAGGUGUGUUUCACACAGGGGAACGUAUCCACUGCCCUAUCACACACGAGAGAGCUGGAUUUUAGUUUCUUUCACCGCCCCCCCUCCUCCACUGAUGCAGCUUAAUAAUCAUCUCCCUCAGGUAGAGAUCGUGGCGCUGUGUCCUUUUCUCUUUAAAAGGGGAGGUAUGCCCUUUCACUAAAAGAUGAGAGAAUUUUCUCAUUUAAAAUCAGCAAGUCUUGAUCUUCAUCCUUAUUCUUUUGAUCCUGGUUUGUUUUUCAUUAUUUUGUGUUUAUAGAAUUUUUUCAUUAUUCAUAUCCUGGUAUUUAAACAAGCCUGGUUGUGUUUGAUAUGCCCAUUCUUUAUAAACAAAACUCAUAAUACGCAUAAUAUCUGCAGAUGCGUUUCAUGAGGAUUUAAGCACUCUUCAAAGGAUUUCUUAAGCCGUUUCAUUUCGUGUUAGUAUUUAUAUCAGACCAUGCUGGGUGUGGAGUUUAUGUAGUCUAUUUGACGUGUUGGUGGUGGGUGGUGUUGAAAUAAUCCAGGUAUUUUAUUAAAAGAGUAUCCUAACAUAAAAAGUCAUUACUGUUAAGAGACAAUGACUUGAAAAGUGGGGCCCAAAGAGCCCAUUUAGUAAAGGUAAUGCCCAGUGUCCUUUCCUUUUUUUUUUUCUAGUCAGAGGUGAAAUAUCUAGUUGUAGGAUGUUCGUGGUGUGCAGUGUUAUGAAUAACUCUUCUUUUGAUCAAAGGCUUUAACUUUGAAAUGUGAUCUGGAGGAAGCAGACACACAUCUGAGGGCCGGAGUGAUGCACAUGAUGGAGUCUUGAUUCUGCUCUGUUAUUCUCAUCAUUAAUUGGAGCAUAGUAAUUCUGGGUGGUUCGAGGUGUUUGUUUGGGGCAGCCCUCAGUAUGUGCUUGUUGGGGUUUUGCAUGGUGUUCAAUAAUCAUUUUGUAUCCCUUGCCAGAUCUUCAUUCAACAAUUAUCUUGCGCUCAUUAGAUGGAGUAGUUCCGGUUUCUGUAGUUUUGCAGGUGCUGUAGGUAUGGCAAGGAAUACUUAUUUAAAUAAUGAAAUAUAUGGGCAAAAAAAAUAUAUAUAUAUAGAUAGAUAGAUAUUAUGUUCUAUUUGCACACACCUUGCACACAUGCAUACAAGACCAGCAUACACUUCAUGAACAUACACAAACAGAUUGGCAUAAAACUGAGGGGAAAUGACUUCCAUAAUGUCCAAAAAUCUUUUUUUCUUAUGUAUACAAGUACGUUCAUGUUGAUUUGUUCCAACUUUUGGCACUUUUUGAGUUGAUGCACUAAAAGUUAAACGCACCUGGGUUUGAUGUUGGACUGCUGUGGAUUUCAGACAGUGAGAAUUAAAAGUUUCAAUAUUAACCUCUCGCCCCGUACAAACCUUUCUGUGGUUUACUUAAAAACUGUGAGUAAACUUUUCAUGUCAUUAUGGAAGCAUUUUUCCUCUACCUCUUCAAUACACUCACCGAAGGGUGCUUCUCUGGGUGAAUGCUAGGGGUCAUUUGAUUUAAGACGGGCAUGUAUCUAUGAAAACAAAGCGAGUCGUUGAUUUACGAAUGAUCUGUGAAGUGAAAGGAAGUGAUGCAACACUCAGAUCAGCAUUUGUUCUUAACAGAGCAGCAUCCUGUGUUUGGUUGACUAGUAUCUUCUAUAAAUGUCGAUCUGAUGCGAUUCCUGAUCAGAACUGAUAACCGAACAGAGGUUUCCAUGCUAAUUCUGGUUCAACAAUCUUUUUGAAAUUGAGACUUGAAUUGAACUCUUUGAAAAUACCUCUCAACAAUCUGAUGUACUUUAACAACAGUAUCAACAGGGUUUUACUUUAUAUCAGUUCAAAUCCUAGUUCUGCAUGAUAUUAGAUGACAUUUGCUGCAUUUACAGGAAGUCCAUCUCAGAACAAAGAUUCUGCGGUCAUCCAGAAUUCCAUUCACAUCAGAAAAAUAAGCAUGGGGGGGGAGGGUAAACUAUGCUUAUUAAAAUAUAUCUAAUGGUCUACAAGACCACUGAGUGGGUUCAUAUGUUUAUCAAAUAAAAGCAAAGAAAUGAUCUAUUAAUGGAAAUGCACUCCUAUUCACAAAAGUGCCAAUCAGACCAACAAAGACAAGAGGCUGAUGCGUAUCAAUCUGUCUUUGAAUUUUUUUUUUUCUAUUUUAUUUACUUGAAUGUGCACAUAUAUUGUGCAAAUAUUGCUGCUCUAUUUUCUUAUCUUACAAAUUGGAGGUUACAUUGCCUGCCACAGUUUCAUUAGAGAUGUGAUGGUCUGCUAUUUGUACACCAAAUUGGUAAACUCAAAGGUAUAAAGAUAAAAAUGUUUUUUUUUUUUUUUUUUUAUUGUGCUGGUUUAAUUAAUAAUUUAAACCAAGGCCAAUGA